AUGGCAGAAAAAGGGAAGGAUGAUGGACAACUUGCAUGGAUUUAUGAAGGCACGAAAUCAUUGGUUAAUCGGGAAGAUUAUUUGCUCGGCAAAAGGGUGGACAAGAAUUUCGAACUCUAUUCUGAUGCUGUCAUCAAGGAGAAAGAAAGCGGAAUUGAAGCAAUAGAAAAGCCGCAGCGAUGUAUAACUGGUGCUUCCACAUCGAGGAUAUCCAAUUUGGAAGUUGACAUUGUGAGAACCGAGGAUCCAUUGGUGGCCAUUAAGAUGAGAGAGGAAAGGAUUUGGCAGGAAAAGAUGGAAAACCCUUUAAUUCAGCUAAAAAUGCAGAAAUUGAUGAAAAAGGUGAUGGAAAAGAGAGAAAAGAAACGUUUGAAAAAGCUGAAAAAAUUAGAAAAGAAGGAGAGAAAAUUGAAGCAUAGCACGGAGUGUGGUGAUAAAGUUGAUCACAUUGAGAAAAAUGGACAUCGUCAUAUUGGUAGUGAAAAAUACACAGCAGUAUCUUCAUUAUCCCCGGAACCGACAAAAAAAAAGCGAGAAAGGAAACAUUUGCAGAAGGAUAGUCAUAUUCCAGCACACCUACGACCUAAAUAUAGCUCAUCAUCUGAAAGCGAUAACAGAGAGGACGAAGGUAAUGAAGCUGAUAGGAAAUCACAAAAGAAGAAAUAUGGUUUGGUGAAAAUAGGAAAAUACGAAGUACGGAAGCAAGAAGAAAUGGACAAUCCCUAUAAAGCUCUUCCAAAAAAGCAAAUUGAGAUUUAUAAGAAAUCAGAAAGGCGUCAACUAACGGAGGAAGAAAUGGAAAUGAAACGAAAAGAAAUGCUACAAAAUGCGAAUUGGAGAGAUGAAGUUCGUACGAGAAAUAUCAAAAGAAAUGCAUUACGAGACGAAGAAGAGAAUCGAAGAAAUGAAGGAAAGACAGCUAACUUCAUUAGACCAAUGUUGAAUAGUGCUGCAUCAACGAUGACCGUAGAGCAACAGUUGAGAAGUCAUCGAAGAGAACUACAACGUACAAGUGGUUUUACCGAACAAAAGUUUGUGAAACGGUGA